CGGGAGGCCGGCAGAAUAGGGUGACCUUGGAGUAGGCGACAGCUGUGGAUCUACUUCUAUCAUGUACUGCUGCGUGAGUCGAAGUGGUAUGGCUAUGGCCGCGCUGCGGAGGGCAGCUGCUCCCACACUGAGGAGAGUUCAGCCAGCAAUUUGCACCCCAACUAUUCGACUGCUUGCAAGCAAAUCGGAGGUGCAAACUGAAGGCAAAGGUAUUGUCAUCACCGGAUGUGACACUGGAUUUGGAUUUUCACUGGCCCAGCACCUGCACAAAAGAGGAUUCAAAAUUUUUGCAGGAUGCCUGUUAAAGGAUAAAGGUGGAGAAGGAUCAAAGAAGCUGGAGGACAUGAAGAGUGAUCGGAUGGUUGUCAUCCAGUUAGAUGUUUGCAAAGAUGAGGAGGUGGAGAGAGCAGUGGAUUUUGUGAAAGAACAUUUGAUGGAUUCAGAAAAAGGUCUUUGGGGACUGAUUAACAAUGCCGGUAUCUCAACUUUUGGUGAAGUAGAGUUCACCACCAUGAAUACCUAUAAGGAGGUUGCAGAGGUUAACCUGUGGGGGACCGUCCGUGUGACCAAAGGUUUCCUUCCAUAUAUUCGCAGAGCAAAAGGUCGUGUGGUUAACAUCACAAGUAUGCUGGGACGGAUGGCCAAUCCAGCUCGUUCUCCUUAUUGUGUCACUAAAUUUGGAGUGGAGGCUUUCUCAGACUGCUUGCGCUACGAAAUGCAUCGCUGGGGUGUUAAAGUUAGUGUUGUUGAGCCUGGUAACUUCAUAGCAGGCACCAGUCUUUAUAAUCCUGAACGUGUCAAAAUUAUCUUAGAAAACAUGUGGAAUGAUCUGCCAGACCAAGUCCGUAAAGAUUAUGGGAAGGCCUACUUUGACCAACAGGUUGAAAAAAUGAAAUCUUAUCUUGAGAGUGGUUCCACGGACCUUUCAAUGGUUAUUAACGAUGUCACUCAUGCAUUGACCUCUGCAUCCCCCUACACCCGCUACAAUCCAAUGGAUUACUACUGGUGGCUGAGGAUGCAGAUUAUGACGCACUUUCCCGCGGCUAUAUCUGACCGGAUAUAUAUUUAUUGAGGUGACUGUCAAUCUGAUGCUUGCUUAUUUUUUUAGAAAGGCAUUGUACUUCUUGCUGAUGAAAGUAAUAAUUAAGGUGAUUUAAUAUCUAUAGAAUUGAAUCUGAAGAAUUCAUUGUCCUGUUAACUAUUUUUUCAGUGAUUUCUAUAACUUGAAUUACUUGGAUUAAUAUUGGAAGUAUUACAGCUACAGAUAUGCAACUAAAUUUGCAAACCUGCUGUAUAGGGAUACAGAAGGGAUAUUAUAAUUCUGAUAUAUUGUAAUAUUAGAUAUCGGAAUUGUAAUGUAGGUAUAUUACAAUUCUUGACUAGGCUCCUAAACACCUUGCUAAACUACUUGGAACUUUUUUAAUUCUUUAAUGGGAUAUGGAUGUGAUUUAUGAGAUGAACAUUCAUUGGCUGUCCUCCAGGACAAAUGGAAAUUUCUAUAGCACCUUUAACAGACAUGGAUAGUCCCAAAAUUUUUGCAACCAAGGAAGUACUUUUCGAAGUGUAAUAACAAUGGUAAUGUAAGCAGCCAGGUUACAACCAAUACAUUGUUUUUGCAUCAUUGAUUUGAGGAUCAAAUAUUGGUCAGAAUACCAAAGAUAACUCCCCUACUUUUGUUCCAUUAGAGGGGAGAUGGGGCCUUGGUUUAACAUCAAAUCCAACAAUGGAACAUUCCCUCAAUACUGUACUGAUGUGCCAACCUACAUUUUAUGUCUAAGUCAUGAUGCUGCUUGAACUUGAAAUCUUGUUAUUUCAGAGGCAAGAAUGCUACCACCUGAAUUACAAUCCUUCCACUGAAGGUACUCCAAUAUUAGUAGAUAGCAAAUUCUGGAAUUUCAGCCAUUGCAAUGAAGGAAUGAGUAUAUUUCCAAAUCAGGAGGUACUGGUGUUCCUGUCCUUUCAAAUGUCCCUAUCCUUCCAAAUGGUGCAUUUGGAAAGUAUUUUCUAAGGAGCCUUUGCACCUUCUCAGGCCUUCAUACCUUAAGUUCAUCUGGAAUGUAGAUGAAAUGCACUAUUAGCUCCUGUUCAAGAAAUGCUCAGGGAAUCUGAAGGACUUUCUUGAGCACUACCUUGAGCAUUUUUCAUGUUCUAAAGAAAGCUGUUACUACUGGUGCCUCUUCUGUGAAGCCAUUCAUCAUUUGCCAGCCGAGACCUGAACUCUGCACGUGAUGAAAACCCAAUUACAGAAACACUGUUUACUUUGACUGUGAACUGAUUCAGUCAUCUACCUGCCCCAAACUUGCACCCUGUGUUUGCAUUUGGAAAUUCAAACACUUUUACUACAUUUAAAGAACAUAUCCUGCACAGUUUUCAUGUGAUUUUGUAUGUUUACAUCUGUUCAACUUCCUGAAAAGACCCAGCAUUAAGCAAAUUGUGUCUACUUUAUUUUUAACAUGACUUCUAAGACAAUAAAGUACUUAUUUUUCUCAAAUGACUGUAAUCCCUUUUUCUAAAUUAUUGAAGCAUAAACUGCAGGUUAUUUCAACCUUGGUGUGCUUUUUUGGGGGAGAGCAUUUAAGAGUAAUUUAGCAAAUUUGCCUCAUGUUUAAUGUUUUAAGUGCUGAAUUUCAGCAUUCCUUUAUUUACUGUAAAGAAAUUGAGAGUUUCCUGUCUGUUCAAAAUUGUGUUUUUAAAAAUGAUUCUGGUGAAUUAUGUUUAAGAUUCCCAGUUGAAAUGUUACAAAGCUAAUAAAAUUGCACUGAAUAGAACAUUU